UUUUUUUCGCGCUUUCAUCAGAUCCUAUGGCUACUUUGUGUGCGCUGUUCCCUCAACAUUUCCCUUCAUAUUCACUUCUUCUUCAAUUCCUUUCUUCUUGACUCGGCUACUCUCUUCUACGUUUCUCCUCCACCUCCCAUGGAGGCGCUGCACAUCGCCCCUGGGAGAAAUCUCGCCGUAAAAUUGGUUCAAAACAGCGGCGUUGAUUGCUUUAGCGGUGUUAGGCAGGUGGGCUUUGCUUCUUUGUUAUCUGGGAAGAGAAAAGAUCGGUCCUUUUGUGUUAGAGCGAGAUCGUAUAAGGAAGAGGGUGAGAUUGCGAGUAGGGGAAGCGGUAAUGCCCAGAAUAAGGAGAAGGAGCAGGGAAUUUUUCUGGGAGCUGAGAGGGAUGGGACUGGCUCUGUUGUUGGCUUUCACUUGAUUCCUCACUCUGCAGUCAGUGAUGAAAGAAUCUUGGAAACUCAAGAAGCUGAAGCGGAUAAGCUGUUUGAAGAAAUCAACACUAGUGAUACUACUUCACCCACCACCACCUACAAUGUGGUUUUUGUGACCUCUGAAGCAGCCCCAUAUUCGAAAACCGGAGGCUUGGGUGAUGUUUGUGGCUCUUUACCUAUAGCAUUGGCUGCACGAGGUCACCGUGUAAUGGUCGUCUCUCCUCGAUAUUUGGUUGGAGGCUUAUCAGAUAAAAAGUUUGUGAAUGCUGUAGAUAUGGAAAGGCCGACCAAGAUCCAUUGCUUUGGUGGUGUGCAGGAGGUUGGAUUCUUACAUGAAUACAGGGCUGGAGUUGAUUGGGUCUUUGUCGACCACCCCUCAUACCAUCGACCUGGGACUCCAUAUGGUGAUAGUUUUGGUGCUUUUGGUGAUAAUCAGUUCCGGUUCACUUUGCUUUGUCACGCAGCUUGUGAGGCUCCCUUAGUGCUGCCGCUGGGAGGGUAUACUUAUGGAGAAAAAUGUCUAUUUAUUGCAAAUGACUGGCAUGCUGGCCUAGUUCCUGUGCUCUUAGCUGCAAAAUAUCGUCCACAUGGUGUAUACAAGGAUGCACGGAGUAUAAUUGUGAUUCAUAAUCUAGCCCAUCAGGGUGUGGAGCCAGCAGUCACGUAUAAGAAUCUGGGAUUGCCUCCUGGGUGGUACAAGGCGCUAGAAUGGGUUUUCCCAACUUGGGCGAGGACACAUGCUCUCGACCCUGGCGAAGCAGUCAAUGUUCUGAAAUCUGCUAUAGUCACUGCUGACAGGAUAGUGACAGUAAGCCAGGGUUACUCCUGGGAAAUAACCACCCCCGAGGGUGGAUAUGGGUUGCAAGAGCUGUUAAGCAGUCGGAAAUCAGUUUUGACAGGAAUCACAAACGGGGUUGAUACCAAUGAAUGGAAUCCAUCUAUUGAUCCACAUCUUCCUUCUUUCUACUCGAUUGAUGACCUCUCUGGAAAGGUUGAGUGUAAGGCUGCGCUACAAGCAGAACUCGGUCUUCCAAUCCGACCCGAUGUUCCUCUGAUUGGGUUUAUCGGGAGACUCGACUACCAGAAAGGUGUCGACAUUCUUCUUUCAGCUGCCCCAGAUCUUAUGCACGAUGAUGUCCAACUUGUAAUGCUCGGAUCCGGAGAAAAACAAUAUGAAGACUGGAUGAGGCAACUUGAAUCCACUUAUAAGGACAAGUAUCGGGGUUGGGUUGGGUUCAACGUCCCGAUCUCUCAUAGGAUUACAGCAGGCUGUGACAUACUUGUGAUGCCUUCAAGAUUCGAGCCAUGUGGGCUGAACCAGUUGUAUGCAAUGAGAUAUGGCACUGUUCCCGUUGUCCACUGCACCGGGGGACUUAGAGACACGGUUCAAACUUUUGAUCCAUAUGCGAAUGAAGGCACUGGUGAAGGUACCGGGUGGGCAUUUUCUCCUCUAACAAAAGAAAGUUUAUUGACUACCCUACGGAUAGCAGUUUCGACGUUCAUAGAGCACAAAGUUUCGUGGGAGGGACUAAUGAAGCGUGGGAUGGAGAAGAACAUGUCGUGGGACAACGCUGCAGUUCAGUACGAGCAAGUCUUCGGCUGGGCCUUCAUCGAUCCUCCUUAUGCUGGCUGACUCUGCAGGAACACAAAAAACGCAGCUUGCAGGCGGUAAAACUUGCACAUUUUUGCUACACUACGCAAUAAAAAAAAUGGGGAUUUCGUUGCUGAUUCUGCUCAAAAUUCUUUUGCUAUUACGUCUGAGGAUGGUCACACCAUACAUAUAAAACAUAGCAAAUGUAGGAGCUCUCUAGCUCGUUCUUUCGA